AUGCCGUUCGGUUUGGUCUCAGCCUGGAAUAAGCGCCGAAGAAGCAAGUCUCAAGAUCACACAGAUCCCUGGGUUUACAAACCUGCACAACUUUGGCAGCUUGAUGAUAAAACACCGUGUCCUACGAAGAGGUUGCAUGGAUCAUCUGUUUACACACUCAAGGAAAUGGAAGAGGCAACAUGUUCAUUCAGUGAAGAAAAUCUGCUUGGAAAAGGAGGAUUUGGCAAAGUCUACCGCGGCACUUUGCGGUCAGGAGAGGUUGUAGCAAUCAAGAAAAUGGAGCUUCCAGCAAUAAAAGAAGCAGAGGGGGAACGUGAAUUCCGAGUUGAAGUUGACAUUUUGAGCAGACUGAGCCAUCCAAAUCUUGUUUCCUUGAUAGGAUAUUGUGCUGAUGGAAAACACAGAUUCUUAGUAUAUGAAUAUAUGCUUAAUGGGAACCUGCAAGAUCAUUUGAAUGGAAUUGGAGAAAGAAACAUUGAUUGGCCUCAAAGACUACAGGUGGCACUGGGAGCUGCAAAAGGGCUUGCUUAUCUCCAUUCAAGUUCUGAUGUUGGAAUUCCUAUUGUUCACAGAGAUUUCAAAUCGACCAACAUUCUCUUAGAUGCCAACUAUGAAGCUAAGAUAUCUGAUUUUGGGCUAGCCAAGUUAAUGCCAGAAGGACAGGAGACACAUGUGACUGCCAGAGUGCUUGGUACCUUUGGUUACUUUGAUCCCGAGUAUACAUCGACAGGGAAGCUCACUCUCCAAAGUGAUGUUUAUGCUUUUGGUGUUGUUCUUCUGGAGCUUUUGACUGGACGACGGGCUGUAGAUCUAAACCAAGGUCCUAAUGAUCAAAACCUUGUACUACAGGUGAGGCACAUACUGAAUGAUCGCAAGAAGCUGCGUAAGGUGAUAGAUCCAGAUAUGGCUCGAAAUUCUUACACCAUUCAGUCUAUAGUCAUGUUUGCCAAUCUGGCAUCAAGAUGUGUACGAACUGAAAGUAAUGAGCGGCCUUCAAUGGCAGAUUGUGUAAAAGAGAUCCAAAUGAUUAUCUAUACAAAUUCAAAAGGCUUGGGAAUGGUUAUGCAUAGUUUGAGACUGAUCUAA